GUCGUCUACACGGAGAGUGUGUGGACUCGAUUCUCGUUUGUUGAACAAUAAAUACUCGCAGCAGCAUAGAGAGAUGAAACGCAAGGACUGGAAGACCAAAGCGAUUCUCGUUGGAAUUUUAAUGAUAACGAGUGACCUUAUCGUAACUAGGGGAACUGCCAAUGGAUGUGCCUUGAGAUAUAAGCAGCACGUGGACGACAAACCCAACAUCUUCGUAACGACGAACACUAAUCCAGGCAUCUGUCGCGUCCAACACGAGGACAAUUCAUCAUUAAACUACCACAACGAACGCAAGUAUCCCGAAGAAAUCCGACCAGAAUCUGUCAUCGGUGGUCUCAACUACGACGCUAGAAAUCACACAUUGCUCUAUUGGUCGAAAAUCGCAAAUGUAGAUCACGCGAGGUUGUAUAAGUUGAGACUGAAUGACAGUCAAUGGGAGGCUGUUUUGAGUCAAGAUGAUGAUUUUCGCGACAUGUCAUAUGAUUGGGUGUCGAAGAAUUUGUACAUAAUUAUGGGCUCGAGAAGUAUGAUGGUAGCUGUUAAUGUGGAACACUCAUGGAACCCAACGGUCAUCUUGUAUGACAGAUCGCAGAUGACGAGUUUGGCAGUUCAUCCGAACAAAGGUUACUUGUUCUUCGUCGAGACGAAUUAUUGGUAUGGCGUGCAGCAUAAAAUCUAUCGAGCUCACCUCGACGGUUCUAAUGUAUCGGAAUUGUUCAAUCGUACUGGUACUGAUGUAAGGUACUACGUGGCAAGCAUUGUUGUGGAUUUUUACAGCGACAGGAUUUACUGGAGCGUGCCUGCUACGGAUAAAAUUCAAUCGGCAAGUCUGGACGGUCGCGAUGUGCAAACCAUCAGUGGGGUAAAAGUUUACUCUGGACAGUUGGAUUUGUCUUCUCGUACACUCGCUGUUGACAAACAUUACGUGUAUUACAGGAGUGCGGAAGCCAACACUGUGCGGAGAAUAGAGAAGACGAGCGAGACGAAAGAUCCUGAUUACGAAUUGAUUAACGAGGAGACAGCACCGAUCACUGAAAUUCUCGCGUUCACGUACAAAUCACAAAAAGUACGCAAGGACCAUCCGUGUAAGGAUGGCACAGCUGGCUGUGAGAAGUAUUGUGUCGCUGUGCCGUUGAACAAUUCGUUGAAGAGAAUAUGCAAGUGUGGUUUUAAUGAGGUGUUGGCCGACGAUAAUGUCACGUGCGAGAGGACUAGACAUAGUGUGGGAUCGGCGUAAAUGUGUGAAGGGCAAGUGUUGUACGUUUAAGCUCUAGAUAUCAAAAUUUUAUCUGUUAUAGUUUGUAAGAGUUGUGUAUGAUUUCCUCGUUUAGUCGUUAUCGCAUUGUAAGUUAAUAAUCAGUGGUCUUGCUGUUUCUCGAAUAUAAAACACUGUCUGAAUAUCGAAGAUAUUGAUUGAAUUGAAUUUAUACUUUUUUUUAACUAUAAGAGUAUAUUUUUACAUAAUUCACAAAAUGGAAAUAA